CGCGCAGCCGCGCAGAGGAGGAAGGGAAGGGGCGGAGAAGGAGGAGAGGCGGCGGCUUCGCCUUCUGUUCGGAAGACUAGGCGCCGGGGGACAAUGCAGGCGGGGUCCAAGCAGGCGGUGCUGGCGGCGGCCCAGGAGCUGCUCAAGUUCGUGAACCGGAGCCCCUCCCCAUAUCAUGUGGUUGCUGAAUGUCGGAGCCGUCUACUUCAGGCUGGUUUUCAGGAGCUAAAGGAAACUGAGCACUGGGAUAUCCAGCCAAACCGAAAGUAUUUUGUCACCAGAAACUUCUCAACAUUGAUUGCCUUUGCUGUGGGAGGCCAGUACCAGCCUGGCAAUGGCUUCAGCUUGAUUGGAGCCCACACGGACAGCCCAUGUCUGCGGGUGAAACGCUGCUCAAAGCGUAACCAGGAAGGCACAGUCCAGGUGGCAGUGGAGACUUAUGGGGGUGGCAUCUGGAAUACGUGGUUUGACCGUGACCUCUCUGUUGCUGGAAGAGUCAUUGUCAAGGACCUAUCCACAGGACGAUUGGAGCAGCAGCUGGUGAGGGUGGAGCGCCCUGUUCUUCGCAUACCCCACCUGGCCAUCCACCUCCAGCGCAAUGUGAAUGAGAGCUUUGGGCCGAACACUGAGAAUCACCUGGUCCCAAUUCUGGCCACAGAAGCCCAGGAGGCACUGGAAAAGGAGGAGUCCAAGUCUGGGACAGUUUGUACCUCGUCUUUCCUGAAUCGGCACUCUCCAGCUCUUCUGUCCCUCAUCUGCUCUCAGCUGGAGGUGAAACCGGAGCAAGUGGUAGAGAUGGAGUUGUGUCUGGUAGAUACACAGCCACCCACUUUAGGUGGUAUCUAUGAUGAAUUCAUAUUCUCCCCUCGCCUGGACAACCUCCACAGCUGCUACUGUGCACUACAGGCUCUGAUUGAAUCCAGCAAAGCACCUGGAGCCCUUGAUCAAGAACCAAAUGUGCGCCUGGUUGCCCUUUAUGACAAUGAAGAGGUUGGUUCUGAAAGUGCCCAAGGGGCAAUGUCACUCCUCACUGAACUUGUCCUUCGUCGCAUCUCAGUUUCACCCCAGAACCUGACAGCAUUUGAGGAAGCUGUGCCAAAGUCCUGCAUGAUCAGUGCAGAUAUGGCCCAUGCUGUACAUCCCAACUACGCAGACAAACAUGAUAAGAACCACCGUCCAGAGUUCCACAAGGGGCCUACAGUCAAAGUGAACAGCAACCAGCGUUAUGCCUCCACUGCUGUCACUGAGGCAUUGAUUCAUGAGAUUGCCAGCCAUGUGAAUGUCCCCUUGCAAGAAUUCAUGGUUCGGAAUGACUCUCCAUGUGGAACCACGAUUGGGCCCAUCCUGGCCUCCCGCCUUGGUUUGCGUGUUCUGGAUAUAGGUUGCCCACAGCUAGCCAUGCACUCCAUUCGCGAAAUGUGUUGCACCUCAGGGGUCCUUCAAUCGAUCACUCUUUUCAAGGGCUUCUUCGAGCUGUUUCCAGCACUGAACCAGGGUCUGCUGAGCAACUGAUAGACACCUCCAAGGCAAGGAGAAGCUUGCCUGGUGCCUCCCUUCGACUUUCCCCAGGCUGGCUAACCAUUAAAAACAUUCAAUCCAGUGACCUCUGUGACGUACAGAGGGUUUGUUGCCCGACUGCUUCUUGGUAGCUGCAUGUUUUCAUAUCUCCCUAUCUCUUCCCCAGAACAAACCUGACCCUACCUACUGUUGUGAGGUCAGUGAGGCUGUGGUGUGAAAGAGUUUGUCUUUGUACCUUUUGUGAAAAUUUGGUUCAAGUGGGUGAAGCUUUAAAGGAUAAUACGCAAUGAUCUUGAUGCCUCUUCAGAUGGCACUGAAUUUGUAGAUGACAAGUGCUGAUAAAUGUCAGAUGAUGCAUAGUUG